AUGGCUCGUUUCUUGGUGCAAAUCAUCGGGGUCAUAUGUGGAGGUAUUGGAAUGAUACUUACCUGGAUGAUUACAUUUAUGCCCCAGUGGAGAGUGUCCAUUCUUGCUGAAAAUAAUGGAUUUAUUAACAAUCGUGUUGAUGGAUACUGGAUCAGUCGGUGGGAUGGCUUGUGGACAUCCUGCGUCAAUCAAGCCAGAGUCUCGGUGCAAUGUAACACUUAUGACUCCUUGGUGUCAGUCACGUCCGAUUUAAAAUCUGGCAGAGUCUUGGUGGGUUUUGCCCUUACCAUGACAAUAAUAGCCUUCAUCUUUUCAGUUGUUGGCAUGCUGUUUACUCAAUGUAAUGAAGAAAGAAGACACGGAAAGAAUUGUAUGCUCUUAACAGCUGGAAUCUUGUACAUCUUAAGUGCUCUCCUCAUCCUUAUUCCAGUGAGCUGGACAACUAGCAACAUUGUCCGACAGGCUUAUGAUGCUUCCGUAUGCAGAGGAGCACUGAGAAUAGAAAUGGGUGAGGCUCUGUUUUUGGCCUGGCCGACACUUGUAUUCCUUACCAUUGGAGGAAUAAUGCUAUGUUGGCUUUGCUCUUGUAGAAGAAAGGAACACAUUAACUAUGUGUUACCACGAGAUCAAGAAAUGGAGUGCAGAGUUGUUCCUGAAGUUUGUGACAUACCAGCCGGACAUACUCGAGCUCAAUACUUAUAA